GCAAAAGAGGCAUUCUGGUGCGCCAAUUUGGUCAAUAGUCGGUGAAUCCUGUUUUCUUCAUCAAUUAUUUUUAGAUGGCUAGAUGGGAUGAGAUUUUUUCUCUCCCUGUGCAGAGUCCUCCAUCCUUGGAGUUUUCUGCUGCUGAUCUUGUGUGGACUAAGGUGGAAGGUUGGCGUGACAAAUUGAAUAGAGUUUCUCUCAUCCCUUAUGCUAGAAUCAAUGAUUUUGUCAGGGGUGAAUCAUCUAAUAAAGAAUGCCCCACCAGAUUUCAUGUUGAAGCAAGGAGGAGAAGGCCUCCAGAAAUGCAUUACAAGCCAAAGGUUGAUGGCAUUCUUGAGUAUAUUCUGUACUGGUGUUCCUUUGGCCCUGAUGAUCAUAGAAAGGGUGGGAUUGUACGACCCAGCAGGAAUACGUAUGUCCCAAAGAAGAAAUCUGCUGGUCGUCCUAAUACCAAGAGGGGUUGUAAGUGUCAUUUUAUUGUGAAACGCUUAAUUGCUGAGCCAUCAAUUGCACUCAUCAUAUAUGAUGAUGAUAAGCAUAUAGACGAGAAGGGGCUACCCUGCCAUGGUCCGCAAGAUAAGAAGGCUGUGGGUACACGGGCCAUGUUUGCACCUUAUAUCUCUGAUGAUCUCCGUCUCCGGGUCUUAUCUCUUUUACAUGUUGGGGUGUCUGUGGAAACCAUCAUGCAGAGGCACAAUGAGUCGGUAGAGAGACAAGGGGGACCAAGUAACCGUGAUGACCUUCUCACUCAUAGGUACGUUCGGAGAUUAGAGAGAAGUAUCCGACGUUCCACAUAUGAACUGGAUGAAGAUGAUGCCGUCAGUAUUGGCGUGUGGGUUGAAAGCCAUCAGAAUGACAUUUUCUUUUAUGAAGACAUCUCUGAUUCAGACCCUUUUAUUUUGGGCAUUCAAACAGAAUGGCAGUUGCAGCAAAUGAUCCGGUUUGGUAACCGCAGCCUCAUUGCAUCUGAUUCAAGAUUUGGAUCAAACAAAUUGAAGUAUCCUGUUCACACUCUCCUCGUCUUUGACUCAGACAACAAGGCUAUCCCUGUUGCCUGGAUAGUAACAUCAAGAUUUGGUAGUGUGGAUGCUCAAGAUAAGUGGAUUAGGGCUCUUUACAAUAGAGUACAUUCAAAAGAUCCAACAUGGAAAUUGGCUGGUUUCAUAGUGGAUGAUCCUUCCACUGACGUCCUAACCAUCAGGGAUGUGUUUCAAUGCUCUAUAUUGAUCUGCUUUUGGCGGGUCCGCCAUGCAUGGCAUAAAAACCUGUUAAAGAAAUGUUUGGAAACGGAGUUACGUGUGGAGAUAUCAAGACGACUCGGGCAGGCAGUAUAUAGCAUCUGUAAAGGGGAUGGCAAUAUGGAUUUGUUUGAGGGUUUCAUGGAAGAUUUCAUCGACUGCUCAGAUUUCUUGGAUUACUUCAGGGCAAUCUGGUUUCCAAGAAUAGGCACAUGGACUACUGCAUUGAAGAGUUUUCCACUAGCAAGCCAGGAGACUUGUGCAGCUAUGGAAUACUACCAUCAUCAACUCAAACUCAGAUUGUUGAAUGAGAAGGACCGAUGUGUUUAUCAACGAGCUGAUUGGCUGGUCAAUAAGUUGGGAACCAAAAUCCAUUCCUACUUCUGGCUUGAUGAGUAUUCGGGAAAGGAUGAUUUUGCACGAUAUCGUAAAGAUGAGUGGAUGAGUGGUUCAACAUCCUGGCGCCAGGCACUGAAGAUUCCAGACUCUGAUGUUGUUUUGGAAGGUCGAUGUGCAAAAGUAGUUAGCCAGCUCAAUCGAGAGAAGGAUCAUAUUGUGUGGAACCCUGGUUCUGAGAUUGCUAUAUGUGAUUGUGAAUGGUCAAAUAUGGGUAAUUUGUGCAAGCAUGUAAUCAAAGUAACCAGAGUUUGUCACAAUAAGGGGUCAGCUCUGCCAUCUAUUAGCCUCCUUCAGUAUAAGCAAACUUUGAUUAAUAUGCUCCAUUGUGCACCACAUGAUUCUUUGAUUCGUGACCAUGCUGUUACUCUAUCUAUUUAUGCCCAAACACAAUUAAAUUCAUUACUUGAUCAAGGUUGUCAGCCUGCAUUAUAUCCUUUUGUGACGCAAUCGCAAUCCGAAGGUUUUGCUAAUAGAGAUAAUGAUUUGAACGAGUCUCAAUGUGCAAGCAAGAAUACACCUUGCAAUGAGAAUGCAUUUGGAGUUGGAAAUGAGGCUCGUGGUGCUGUUACUGGUGAUUUGGGUACUAAGGUGGUUGAUAAGGUAGUGAGUGAGGCAUGUUUCCCUACCAAGAUUGAUGAGCGAAUGAAUGUAUGCAGCAAGAUGGAUAUUGAUCCAUUACACCAAUGUACCUCACCAUCCACGACAUUGCCUCCUGGUAACGUUGGAUCUGAUAUUGGCUUCUUAGAGAAUGGAAGUAGAGACUUGAUUGAUGAGGAUCAAGGGAUGAGUGCAGAUCUUUCUUCUAUUGGUAAUAUUUAUACAAAUGAAAAUGGUAUUCAAGAUGAUAUGUUGGUUGAAAAUUGUCAGUCUCAUGGGAAUUCCAAUGGUUUUGGCAGUGAUGUUGGGGAAACCAUUACUGGUAGCUUGAUGGAUGUGAAUCCAUUAAUGGAGAGUCCGCUUUCAACAAUGGGCCUGGUUGAUCAAUGCACAAGUAAUGACAAUGGUAAUUGCGGCGAUCUUACGAAACCAACAGAGGGAACCAGCAGUAUAGUGGAAGUCCAUGUUGAAUCGAUCUUAACUUCCACGUGUGAAUCAAUAUCUAUUGAGCAGGAGACAUGCAUUGAAGUAGAAGCCAGUGAAACUGGUGUCUCUGACAAAAUCCUAGAGGAAGUCCUGACAACAUGACGAGUGGAACUUCAAAGCACAUCUUUUAAUCUCUCCAUCCACUUCCAAAACAACAAAUGGUCAGCAAGGUCCUCUCAGUUAAUGUCAUUUAGAGUAUAUAGCAGAGAAGAUAAAUGGAGCCAAGACAUGAAUGGUAAGCUAUCUAGUAUGAACACUUCCUUGUUUAGAUGUGGGGUGGGGUUAAAGAUGGUUUAGAUUGUAGGGUGAGGUUAAAUGUAGUAUUAUGGAUAGAGAUUGCCAUAAUGAGGUGACCAACUACAUAGAAGGUGACAAUUGUGUUUCGUAUGUCGCUGAGAUUCAAAUUGUUUCGUGAUUGUCCUUGUCAAUGAUGAGGGCUCUUAAGCAGCAAAAAACUGUUGGCUUUGAAUUGAUGUUUCUUCAAGCAUUGUUGCUCAGUUAAUUGUUAUCAUGGACACAGGUUCUUGAUGCAGGAUGUUGAUCAACACGCAGAAUAAGUGUGUUUCUGCAAAGGAGAACUUAAAGAUGGUAGAAAAUGAAAGCAACAUAAAGAAGAUACUUGACUGAUUAUUAUGGACUAUCCUAUUGGGGACUUGGAUAUCAUUGUACAACCAGCUUUAUGAUCAAGUUCAUACAGUCCCUAUUGAUGUAGAUACAUUUACUCAAAAGUUUUGAAGCAAAUGGGUCACGGAGGCUGCAUUGGUUCUCUGACUAGAAAAUAUAGUGUAUCUGGUUUUCACACUUUGAGAGUUUCAAUUGGUUUCAACAAUGGAGAACUUAUACUGGUUGUGCUUGUUGGUGUUAUUUGGCUUCAAAUGGCAUUAGCUGGCCAUGGUUCCGAUUAUCUGACCAGGAACUGGGGCAUUUAUCUUCUCAAAAGCAUCAAUUGGGACUAACUACAAUUUAUAACUUUGUUGAUUCCCUUUUCAUGUAAAUAAAUACGGACUCAUCUGUAACUGUUG